AUGAACGCAGCACUCCAGACGGCCAUCCUCAGCACAACGGCGGGACACGUGUCCGCGUUGGAAAUUUGGCUCCCUGUCUUUAUUGCGGAGUGUAGGAUCCAGCCUACAUGGAAAGGUCUCACCUCGGACACUGAUAGUGCAAUUGAUUCUGAGGCCGAAACUAAUGGUGAGAUUCAUGAUCACUCUAAAGAGAUUGGCCUCUAUAGUAGGCGAAUCGAUGGUACGCUGCGAGAUUCGCGCGGGAUUCCCAAGGUCGAUUUAGAGGCAGGCGCAUUUCACUCCGAAGUGUCGCUGAGGGACUACGUGACAUCCUUCGUGGACCAACAACACGACGACACGAGGGACGACGAAUUCUGGGCUACCAUUAGCGCGCUUCUAGAUCUUGCUGUACACAAGAACCCACGCAGUCGUGUCUUAGAGUUCGGCGGCGACGCGUUCGGAUACAAGGCUAGAGAAUGGCAAUUUAUGUUGGAUAAAGAGACGGCCUUCUCGCGUGACGGGUCCUAUAAUUCCGCUAGUCUGACCGAGAAUGCCGAGUUUGGGCGAUUCGUGAAGAUCGGCAAGCGGGAGCUCAUUGACGCCGGAAAGCUGGACAUGCGCGCGUUUCUUCGCAAGGCAACUUUUACCGCCUUCGAUUUGUCCGAUCUGUUCUAUACCCAGGACCCCUUCCAUCGGCUCGUGUCCCGUGCAAAACAGCUUGUAUCUCGGCUGGAAGAGGCCGGGGCCACGGUCGGAAUCAUCUGCGGUGAUGUUUCCAAAAUUACCAAUGUGACCGCCGCAGCUUCGACCUGCAUGGCUACGGGGCGGCGUAUCCGUAGUGUCAUCCAGGCAGCCAUGGGUCUCUAUGAAGCAUAG